AUGGACGAGCUGACUGUGUCUAUAGAUGCCUUAAAAUUAACAAUGAAAGAAUUACAGAAGAAAAAUAUAGAACUCGCUAACAAAAAUAAUUAUUUAGAAACGCGUGUUGGUGCACUAGAGCAACGAAUAAAGGAUACUGAUAUUGAAUCUAUAAAACGUGUGCCAGGGAAAAAAGAAAAGCCCGGAAAUAUUGAAAUUACAUUCAAAAAUGAAACAGAAUCAACAAAAUGGAUCACUGCAGCGAAGAAUUCAAAACUAUAUGCUCAUGAUUUCAUGGAUAAUCAGGCGGAGGCGACAGGAAAGCAGAUUAUUUACAUGCGUGAAGUUUUAUCUUAUUAUAACAAGAAAUUACUAUGGGAAGCGAAACAAAAGCUAAAACCUACCUACAAGUAUGUAUGGUAUAAACGAGGUAUCAUCCGAGCAAGAAAAGAAGAACAAAGUGACAUCAUUAUAAUCCGUCGCGAAGAAGAUAUUGCCAAACUACUUAGAGCCUAA